UUAUGUAGAAUCAUUCGCCAUGUUGCUAGCUGGUGACCUCCGCAUGUGCUGCUGACUUAUAAUUAGAAGGAAACGUGAAGUAAUUAAUAUUUUAAAGCAUGUUUGGAAGCUCUAUGAGAGGAUAGGUGGUAAAAUGUCAUUAGCUGUAGUAGGACGCCGCUUGGGUGCCAGCUUCUGGUGUGGGAAGUGGAGCAGACUUCAGCCCGUAUCCAGAAGGUUUGUCUUCUCUGUCCACCGGAUCCGCUACUCUCAGUUUUUCACGAAAGACUGGAGUUGCCCUCUGCCUCCCAGAUAUGCCGCAGGAUCUCUCAUCCGAGCCGAAUCGAUCCACUCUUCAUCACACAGACUGAAGAAACGGCAGCCGGAGGAACCUCCUCCACGAGAGCUCGACUUGCUUCGUUACGAUCUGAAGGUUCUGAAGAACGCCCCCAAACCAGCGCUGUAUCUGGGAUUUUCCGGUCUCAUUCCUUUUGUAUCUGCGCCGUUAUUCAUGGCCAUCACAGAGACGUACAUUCCUGAAUUAGCUUACGCUCAAGUUGUAUACGGAGCCUCAAUCCUUUCCUUUCUCGGCGGCGCUCGUUGGGGCUUCGCCUUACCCGAGGGCAGCCCAGCAAAACCCGACUGGCUGAACCUAGCCAACAGUGUUGUUCCCUCUAUAAUAGCAUGGGGAGCGCUACUGUUUAGCCACAAUAUUAUCCAGUCUGGCAUGCUGGUGAUCAUGGGGCUGGGAAUAUCACUGCAUUACGACCUGGCCCUGUUACCCACAUAUCCCAGCUGGUUCAAGGCACUGAGGACAAUCCUCACUACAAUUGCUUUCUUCUCAUUAGUGGCCACUAUAGUUCUUAAAGGAUUCUAUCCAGAGAAGAGAUAUCUGACCCAGGAAUGAUUUUUUUUUUAAAUCAUGUAAAGAUGUAAAUCUCACUUUGUACUCAAAAAGUAUCACAAAUUUAACAUAUACUUGCCAUAACAAGCUAAUUUCCCAUACAGGAACAAUAAGAAAAUCUUUGUCAAUAAAACAUACAAUUACAGUUAAAAAAAAAAAAAAAGAAUUUAAAUAAUUGUGGCACCAAGAGGUACAGAUUUUACAGAUGUACUGACAAGAUUGUUUGUUUCAUUUCUGAUACUGUUACUAUUGACAGCAUUGUCACACCCCCAGAAGUGAGUUCAGUUUAACAAUGAAAACAUCCUCAAUCAUUCAUUCAUAUGCAGUAGUAUUUAAAAUAAAGGACAAAUAAAUGAUCAUGAUCACUUUGCUGACUUAUUAUUCACACACACAAUGUACAGUAAAAAGUUCAUUAUUUAAAGACUAAUUUCUCAUCUAUAAUUUUCAAAUGUGACUAAAAGUAGGGGUUAUUUUAUGACUUUUGCCCCCCUGUAUAUGUAUUGUAAUGAUAUAACAAUAUUGUGGAACUUUAUUUUAGUUCAUUUUGGGUGCAAUCAAUAAAUACCAGUAAAACAAAAA